GAUUGGGUUAUUUUCAACCAACAAGCGACCAUCAACUUUGGACCAGAACAAGAUGUCAGCACCACUAUCGAGAGGUCUAUCACACACAGUCAGAAGCAGUAUCCAGAGGAAUCCGAUCCAGACCAUAUCAACGAGGAAUUACGCACGACUGACGUUGAUUGGUAACUUGGUUCAAGAUGCAAGAGUGAUCGAGCGGGGGGGAGACAAGGAACCGAUGGUCGCAUUGAAAGUCGCAACUGCUGACCCGCUGGGACGUGAAGCUAGGGAAGCUGGAAAAGAACCUACCAGUUCCUUCCACGAUGUACUUUCUUUCAACGCAGGACUAAACAAAUACUUGGCAGAGUUCAAGAAAGGUUCUUUGGUCCAUGUUCAAGCCGAUGUCCGAAUGCAGCCUCAGGAGCAGAAUGACCCCUCAAACUACCAACCUGCUGUUGUUCGACUCACUUUACGCGAAAUCAACAAACUUCGGAAUCCGAAGACGGAAUAGGUUGAAUACCAUAUACCCUAUAUUUCAUUCUCAAAUUCAGGAGUUGAUCAUGAAACAAUUCAACGGAUUCUGAAUUGCAAAAUUCACAAAAGGAGUAGCGCUGAAAUAAACCACAAGUUAGAGAUAAUAAGGGAAUAAGAGAGGAAGCCAAUCAGGAAAUUAACAGCUGCAUUUGGAGUGGGUGACAUAGGAAAUAUAAGAUGGAUGCUUAAGAGUGAGAGUGUUUGAAACCCAGGAGAAAAGAAGAAAAGGACCAACAAAAACUUCGACAAGUCGGAAAAGAUGAGGGGAACCCCAGCAAAGCAUUAGGAAUCUGGCAGGAGAAUUGACAGCACCUUGACUUAAGCCUUCUGGCGCCUUAACUCUGAGCCUUCUUAGAAUAGCACGAUGUAAAUGGGGGCAGGAUGAAAAAUCCUUUAUAAUUUACAUUUGUAAUAAAGCUUUAUAUCUAACCAGUGGUAUCCGUCCUCUCGCUGCUAUCAACUUUCCUCUGAUCGACUAGCACUUUUUUCGAGUC